CAAACUGCUCCAUCCCUGCCUGUCUGCUAAUAAUUAACUAAUAUCCAUCAAUGCUAUUCAAGUUCUCCACUGUUCUCGUCGCGCUGGCAACGCUCUCUGCGGCGCUUCCUUCCGUCGAGCAGCCACCUGCGCUGUCUCGCCGCAGCGAAACACCUGCAGAUGCUAUCCAUGCAAUGCUGAACACUACCACGGCCGCGCUUGUCGAGUAUAAGGUCCGCCAGAUGUACCGUGAUGAGCAGAAGAACCUUGCCGCUGCCAAGAGUAACAACCCUGUUGAGAAGGGAGGCCAGGUCAUCAUUACUACAACUCAAGCCACGCUCGAGAAGUACGCCAACUAUGCUGGCGCUGCAUACGUCGUCAACAGCAAGGCCUGGAACUGCCCCAUCAGCUGUCAGACUGCCGCCACUGCAGGCACUGUUGUCUACCAUCAAUGGGCCGACGUCGUUGGUGCCAAUGUCGGCUAUGUUGCCUACAAGGAAAGCACCAAGGAAAUUAUCAUUUCGUUCAGAGGCAGCCAGACCCUCUUUGACUGGAUCACAAACGCCGAUUUUGGACAGGACGCCUGGCCCAGCAGUGUUUCUGGAUCCAAGGUCCAUUCCGGGUUCCUUGAUGCUCACAAGGCGCAGGCCAGCACCAUCCAGGCCAAGAUUGCCGAGCUUGUUGCCAAGUACCCAACGUUCAAUAUCGUCUUUACCGGUCACUCGCUAGGUGGUGCGCUGGCCUCUAUUGGCGCUGCAGACCUGGCCCGGCUGCAUCCUACCUGGGUGAGUCGUAUUGUUCUGUACACCUACGGCCAACCUCGCACUGGAAAUUCCGCUUAUGCAUCAUGGGUUCAGAAUCUCGGGUUCCCUAUUUUUCGUGUUACCUACCAAGAAGACAUGGUAGCCCGUGUGCCACCUACAAGCUUUGGCUACUCUCACCACAGCCAGGAAUCGUGGUACCCUACCGGCGGAGGUCUGAAGUUCUGCGGCGCUAACGGUGAGAGCUCGACCUGCAUUAACAGCAUCUCCGUCUUCUCGCUCUCAACCGCCGAUCACUCGGACUAUCCUGGCCUUGCCCACUAAGCUAUGCUGGUAAACAAAAAACUAAUAAAUAACUGCAC